AGCCAUCAAAAAAUACCAAUGCCGGGAAACAACAACAACAGCAGCAGUCACCUAAAGAGGUGUCCGAGAUACGUCUUAAUUUAGCCAACGAUUGGAAAGUUUUAAAUUCCAUCCAUCAAAUGUUGCUGGAUGAGAAGGCAUUUUGUGCCGAUCCCAAGGAAUGGCAUGAGAAAAUUGUGGAUUUUGUCCAGCCGGAAGAAUUGAAGAAUUUAAUCGAUUUAAAAAUCGAGGAGAAUCAAAACCACACCCUUGAGGAAAUACAAAAAAUCUGCCAGCAGGUGAUACGCUAUUCGGUGAAAACCAGUCAUGGUCGUUUCCACAAUCAGUUAUUUGGACAAAUGGAUCCAUAUGGCUUGGCGGGCAGUUGGAUCACGGAGGCCCUCAACACAAGUGCAUACACAUUUGAAGUGGCGCCAGUCUUUAGCCUGAUCGAAACCGAAAUUGUGCGCAAAGUUUGUGAGCUGUGCGGCUAUGGUCAAGGUGAUGGCAUUUUUUCGCCUGGCGGAUCAAUUUCAAAUAUGUAUGGCAUUGUUUUGGCCCGCUAUAGACAAUUUCCAGAAAUCAAAUCGAAGGGUAUGUUCGGCAUUCCACCCAUGGUCAUCUUCACUUCGGAAGAGUCCCACUAUAGUUUUAAGAAGGCCGCCCAUUGGUUGGGCUUUGGUGUGGAUAAUUGUGUCAUGGUCAAGACCAAUGACAAGGGGCAAAUGUUACCCGAAGAUUUGGAGCGGAAAAUUCUGGAAGCCAAGUCCCAGGGCAAGGUUCCGUUGUUUGUCAAUGCCACAGCAGGAACCACGGUGCUGGGAGCCUUUGAUGAUUUCAGCCGGAUAGCUGAGGUUUGCCAGAGGCAUAAUUUGUGGAUGCAUGUUGAUGCCUGCCUGGGUGGGUCUGCCCUGCUCUCCUACAAAAACCGCCAUCUACUGAAAGGCUUAGAAAAAUCCGAUUCCUUUUCCUGGAACCCCCAUAAAUCUCUAGGUGCUCCCUUGCAGUGUGCCCUAUUUCUGACCCGCCAUGCUGAGCUGCUGCCUCAGGCCAAUAGUACCGCCGUGCAUUAUCUCUUCCAACAGGAUAAAUUCUAUGACGUGUCCUAUGAUACGGGCAAUAAGAGUAUACAGUGUGGCCGAAAAAUUGACGCUUUCAAAUUUUGGAUUAUGCUCAAGGCCCGAGGUUAUGGCAGCUUCGGACGUCUGGUCGAUCAUGCUUUGGAUAUUUCAAAGCUGUUUAUGGAGAAAAUGAAACAAAGACAGGGUUAUCGUUUGGUCCUCGACGACUAUCAAUAUUCGAAUGUGUGUUUCUGGUAUGUGCCGAAGGCGAUGAGGAACCAAAGGGAGGAUGAGCAGUGGUGGCAGAAGUUGUAUGAGGUGGCCCCCAAAGUCAAGGAACUGAUGAUACGCCAGGGUACCCUCAUGCUGGGCUAUUCCCCCUUGCAGUACCGCAACAUUGGCAAUUUCUUCCGCAUGGUCUUCACCUGUUUCCCAGUGCUGCAGGACAGCGAAUUGGAUUGGAUUUUGGAUGAAAUUGAAAGAUUGGCUGAAAGCUGUUGUCCCUAA